UCGAUCGAGCUGCUCUCCGAGCAAGAUGCGAACGCUGGGAGCUUUGAGCCUAGUCGCUCUGUUGGCGACGACCGUCAACGGGCUAGCGAUUCGCGAACCGGACUCGAAGGACUGGUAUCAGCACGCGACGUUCUACCAGAUCUACCCGAGGUCGUUUUUGGACAGCAACGGCGAUGGGAUAGGUGAUUUGGCGGGGAUCACCUCCAAGAUGAAGUAUCUGGCGGAUAUUGGGAUUGACGCGACGUGGUUGAGCCCGCCGUUCAAGUCACCUCUGAAGGAUUUUGGGUACGAUGUGUCGGAUUUCUACGCUAUCCAGCCGGAGUACGGGAAUUUGACGGAUUUUGACAAGUUGGUGGAGGAAUCGCACAAGAAUGGCAUCAAGCUGAUGCUGGACUUUAUUCCGAACCACUCGAGUGAUCAGCACGAGUGGUUUGUGAAGUCUGUGGUGCGGGAUCCGGAGUAUAGUGACUUUUAUGUGUGGAGACCUCCGGCGACAGGGGGUGGUCCGCCGAAUAAUUGGAUCUCGGUAUUUGGAGGGUCGGCGUGGACAUAUAAUCAAGCGAGAGGGGAGUACUAUCUGCACCAGUUUACGCCUCAGCAGCCGGAUUUGAACUACCGGAAUCCGAAGGUGCUUGCGGAGAUGACCAAGAUGUUGUUCUUCUGGUUGGACCGUGGAGUGGAUGGGUUCCGGUUGGACGCUAUCAACCACAUGUUCGAGGAUGAGCAGUUCCGGGAUGAGCCGUUGUCUGGGUGGGGACAGCCGGGAGAGUACGAUUCUUUGGAUCACAUUUAUACCAAGGACAUCCCGGAUGUGUAUGAUGUGGUUUACAACUGGCGGGAUCAGAUGGAUAAGUAUUCCGCGGAGAAGGGCCGUACUAUCAUUCUGAUGACGGAAGCGUAUUCGAGCAUCGAGGGAACGAUGCUGUACUACGAGAGUGCGGACCGGAAGCGCCAGGGAGCUCACAUGCCGUUCAACUUCCAGCUGAUCUAUGACUUUAAGAAGGAGCAGAACGCCGUUGGGCUGAAGAGUUCGAUCGACUGGUGGAUGAACAACAUGCCGGCUCGACACACUCCAAGCUGGGUAGCUGGAUCGCAUGAUCACUCGCGGGUAGCGUCACGAGUUGGACUAGAUCGGGUUGAUCAGGUCAUGACGUUGCUGCAUACUCUGCCGGGGACUAGUAUUACGUAUUACGGUGAAGAGGUAGCCAUGCAGGACUUCAAAGAGGCUCAGCAGUUCGACAACCGAGAUCCGAACCGGACGCCGAUGCAGUGGGACUCGUCGACCAGUGCCGGGUUCAGUACCAACACCAACUCCUGGCUCCGAGUUCAUCCGGACUAUGCUCGGUACAACGUAGACGUGAUGCAAAAGAAUUCACAAAGUACCUUCCACCACUUCCAGCAUCUGACCAAGCUGCGACGGUACCGGACGAUGCAGAGUGGUGAGUACGUGCACAAGACGGUCGGAACCAAGGUGUACGCUCUGCUGAGGGAACUCCGUGGUGAGGAUUCGUUCCUGACGGUGCUGAACAUGGCCGGAGCAGAGGAUACCGUGGAUCUGGGUGAUUUCGUGAAUCUUCCGCAGAAGAUGCGAGUUGAGGUGGCGCAACCGAACUCCAAGUCGAAAGCUGGAAAUGAGGUCGACAUCAGCAAGUUGACGCUGGGACCGUACGAUUCGGUUGUGCUGAGAGCAACGGUUUCGUCGGCAGCUGCUAUCAACCUUUCGAUUGGAUUGCUGCUAGCGAUUAUGGCCAGGUAUAUCUUCGUGUAGUCAUAAAUUACGGUCACGUGCAUGGCUGAUACAGGCGUAAUUAGCCUUUGUAACAAUAAAAACUCUCUUAUCAACCAAAG